AUGUCCUACAGCAUUGCCUACGACGCCGCCCUUGCGCCGGCCCGAGGACCGGCCAUCGUCGCUUUCAUGGAGGACUUCUAUCGGACCAGCGAUACCGAGUCCCUGCACGACAAAUAUGUGCAGAGCUUCACGGACGAUGCGACGUUAAUCAUGGGUUCAAAGGAGGCAAAGGGGGCUACCGAAAUUCUACCUCUGCGCCAUGGACUUUGGGCGCACGUUGCCUCGCGCAAACACACGCCUACGCGAAUCUUCUUCGGCGGCGAGAACGAGAUUAUGCUCUACGGCGGCGUGAACUACCGACUCAAGGCCGAUCCGGAGAAGGAUGUGUAUGUGCCCUGGGCGGGGCGAGUAGUGUUUGCGCCGCAGCAGGAGGGGGAGGGCGUGAAGAUGCAGUUCUAUCAGGUCUAUCUGGAUGCUUCUGCGCAGUCGGGGAAGAAAUAA